CGGCGGAGGAGGCCGAAAUGGGCCGCAAAAAGAUCCAGAUCAGCCGCAUUUUGGACCAGCGGAACCGGCAGGUGACCUUCACCAAGCGGAAAUUCGGGCUGAUGAAGAAGGCCUACGAGCUGAGCGUGCUGUGCGACUGCGAGAUCGCGCUCAUCAUCUUCAACAGCACCAACCGCCUGUUCCAGUACGCCAGCACCGACAUGGACAAGGUGCUGCUCAAGUACACCGAGUACAGCGAGCCCCACGAGAGCCGCACCAACUCCGACAUCCUCGAGACGCUCAAGCGCAAGGGGCUGGGGCUGGAGAGCCACGAGCUGGAGCUGGACGAGGGCCCGGAGCCGCCCACGGACAGGAGCAGGAGGCUCGGAGAGGGCGCCGACCUGGCCCUGGCGCGGCCCAGGUUUUAUAGCCCGCUGCCGCUGCCCGAGGCCGCCUACGGCAGCUCCCCGCCGGGCCCCGAGGGCUCCCUGGGCUCCCCGCCGGGCCCGGGCCGCCCCCCUGCCCUCAGAGCCGCGGCCCCCAAAGCACCGGGACGGUCCCCGGGGCCGCUGCCCCCAGGGCUCGGCUACCCCCUGUUCCCCGCCGCCAGCCUGGGCCGCGCCCUGGCCACCAAGACGCCGCCGCCGCUGUUCCUGGGCACCGAGGGCCGGCGCGGGGACAGCCAGGGCGGCCUGGCCGGCGGCCGGAGCGGCAGCACCGCGGCGCGGCCGCUGUUCCCCGCCCUGCAGACGCUGAGCCCCGGCAGCUCCGGCCUCCCGAGCCACGGCCUGGCCGGGUUCCCCUUCCUCAGCCCGGCCCCGGCGGAUUUUGGGGCUGGGGAGGUCCCGGCGCCCCCCGGAUUCCUGCAGCCCCCCCAGGCCUGGCAGCACCCCCGGGACGUGGCGGCGCUGGGGGCCAGCAGCCGGAUGGUCCCCGCGGAGGAGCCAGCCGCUGUCGCUGCCGCUGUCGCUGUCGCUGUCCCCGGCGCGUCCCCGCAGCCCGUCAGCAUCAAAUCCGAGCGGGUGUCGCCGGGUCUGGGCUGUGCCCCGGGCACCCCCCAGCCCCCCCUGGCCCCCCUGGCGCCCCUCGGCGAGGCGCCCCGAGCCCCCGGCGAGCUCCAGCCCCGCGAUGGCUUCGCCAAGAGCUUCCCCCCGUUCGCGCAUCGGCCGCUGCCGGACGAGCCCAGGGCGGCUGUCCCCGCUGUCCCCGCUGUCCCCGCUGUCCCCGCGGUCCCCGCGCGGAGGGGACAGCCCGCGGACGUUUGGCAGAGAUAG